UAAAGAGAAGGGUGAAAAGCCUUGUGCCUUAAGAGUUGAGACGAGAAGCCUAUAAAUAAGAGCUGCUCUGUAACAUCAGGCUCAGCGUUUCGUCUUCCCCCCACCACCAGCGAAUCUCUCUUCAAAAUCAACUCCAAUCCCAUGGCCUCUUCUUCUCCUCCUCCUCCUCCUCCUCCCAUGGCCGACGCAAACAAGGGCUGGGGGGAGCUCCCCGAAAGAUGCCUCGGCAGAAUCCUCCGCCACCUCCCUUGCCUCCUCGACCACGCCGCGUUCGCCGAUGUCUGCAAGCGGUGGCGCACCAUCGCUGGGCGGAACCCGCCGCCUAUGCAGCCGUGGCUGCUCAAGCCGUCCACCGCCGCGACCUCCUUCUUCUGCGUCGCCUGCGAGCGCAACCACCAGGGCCCCCGCAUGCCGGACUACGCUCGCGGGGCUCGCGUGUGCGGCUCAUUCCCGGGCGGGUGGGUCGCCGUCGCCGAUAUCCCCACGAUCGGCGGGCCCGCUUCUCCCGGGAAUCGUAGCCCCGCUCUGCUCAACCUCUGCAACGGCGAACGCGUCGGCCUCCCGAGAUCCCUUCGCGACAACAACCCUCGUGUCACCAACAUCAACCUCGUCCACACCGUCAUCCUCUCCGACGACCCGUCCGACAGCAUUGGCCCGUACUGCGCCGCCGCCAUAGUGUCUGGCAAGCCCAACAUCGUGUUCUGGCGCCCCGGCAUGAGUUACUGGACGCCGCCGAUGCUCAAGUGGGACGCGCCGAUGAAGAAAUGGAAGAAGCUGCUACCCAAGGACCCAAUCGAGGACGUCAAAUACUUCGUCGCCAGCGCGCUCGGCGUGGGCUUCCAUGUCCUCACCAGCAACGAGGACAUCCUGGUGUACGCGCCCAGCACCAACGACAAGCCCAGAGAGCUCACGAUGUCGUCGGUGGAGACGUACAAGGUUCGCAGAAAUCGUCACCCGACCAUGCCGGAGCCAGGGGAGGUGGUCGCCCGCUACCUCACGCAGUCCCGCGGCAAGAUGCUCAUGGUCGUCAGGUACGUCUCCGCGGAGAGGACCACGAUGGCGUUCGACGUCUUCAGGUUGGAGCGCCAGCCACCUUCCUGGAGCUGGAAGAAACUGGCCCCCGAGGCCCUCACAAGCCUGACGAUCUUCCUCGUGCAAGGCUCCUCCGUCGCCGUCCACAGCUUGCUGGAUGAGUCCGAGAGGAAGCCCUUCCCUCUCAGCAUCUACUUCCUGCAUGACCCCGUGAGGUUCGACGACGCGGGGACCUCGCAGUCGCCGCAGAUCGAGAACCCGUUCCCCUGCAGCGACGCCGGCAGGUGCCGCCUGUUCGACCAGAACAUCGUCCACUGCCUACCGCGAGAGCCGCCAUCAGACUGUUCGCCAUGGUCUUGGUUCUUCCUGCCCCCAAACAACGCCGUGCGUCAUUUGUAUUCGGUGGAAGUCAUCAGAGAACUCUUAGGAGCAGGAGGGCGUGCAUCUGCUUCAUCUUCAGGAUGAGUAGGAUUUCGUGCAGAUUGUUCAGUAUUCCGUUAAUUCAACUCAGGUACUCCAUAAAGAUUUGGCAAUAUGUUAGAGCAAGGAUUGAGACAUGACUCCUUGUUGCUGUAUCAUGAGGUAUAUGACGCGUUAUCUCCGGCUUGCACUUCCGAGUUAAUUUUUUUUUCUUUUUAGAUAAUACUCUGCUGCUAUUUCUUCCACUGAUGCCUGAUCCCACUGUUGUGCUGUUAAUCAUUUUAACAUUCUACUGAUCUCUGGCUCUCUGCAUUUGUCUAAUGGCUGAAUGAUGCAGGCUAUAAUUUUCCUAAUCCACCUAUUACAGCUGAUCAA